CUGCACAAAACCGUCCUUUUUUUCUUCACCAAUCUGUGAGUUUUCUCCACAGAUGGAGCCGCCAUUUCAGGAAUCUUCUACAGUUUCCAGCGCCACAUCCGAGAACAUACGGAGAGUAGUGUUCAGCUGCCACCAGUCAGCGUGGGAUACCGAGCAUCCCGCUGAUCCGACACCGGUGCUGGGACCUAUUCCAGUGUUUCUGACUUGAGCGUGCUCUGUAACGGGAGUGAGACUGAGAGCUUCGUCCUGCUCCUGCUGAGACAACAGCUUCACCUUCUGAUGAACUCGACGGAAGCUCCACAGUCUAUCAGCUCCAUGUGAAGAUAUAAUGUAGACAUCUGUUCAUCAAGGCUUCUCAUUAGUGAUGACCAUCAUGGCAGGUCUUGUUGGACUACUUCUGCCCCCUUGUUUGACUUGUGUUUCUGGUUAAAGGAGCACACUGCUGUCACAAACCUGUGGACUUGUUUUGUCCUAUGAAAUACUUGAACAGUUUUUUGUCUCAGUGCUGAAAGGUGAGGCAAGCAAAGUGUUAAUCACAAAAAUUCCAAAAAUAUUCCACCUCCACCUCCAUUGUACUCCACCUUUGUGUGUGUAGUAGUCCAGUAUGCGCUGUGUUUCAGGACUGUUGCUGGUCUUGUAGAUGACAACUCUGUUCACCCCCAGCAACUGCAGCAUCUCCAGACUCUGGACCAGCUACAGAGGAACACAGUUGACCUUUUAGGAACCACAACAAUCCCUGAUAUGUGAAGGGCCAUUGCGGUUUAUGAGAGGAAGCCUCAGGGGGAUUAAAACCAUGAAACAGGAAGAAGCAACGUGAGUAAGUAAUUACACUUUUCUUUUGGUGUUUUGUAUUUCUUAUCUCUUCCUGUCUCGGUCAAGAUUGAAAUCAGUAAUAUGUGAUGUUACCUGCAGCGCAUUUUUGAAGUCAAACAUGGUGGAGAAGCAGACGGUGAAGCUGUAAGAAAAGGAGUCCCUUUUGGCAUUCUGGUUCUUCACCUCCAAAAACUGUUUUUCAUGUUUCUCUGAGAACACAGAAAAGAACCACAGACACGUUAUGUCAGUUCUCUUUCAUAAUAUUUCGCUCGAUGUCUCACUAUGGGAUGCACGCCUCGCUGCAGACCUCAGAAGCACCAAUCUCAUUACGCCAAUCCUGAUUGGCUGGUGGAACCUGUCCGUCCACCCCAGGUAGUACCAUCUACCUUAAAUAGUUCAUGCGGACGGCAACGCGUUAUUCAAACACCUCUUCUCGCUCGGAGCAUACCUCGUGUCCUGGGCUAGCUAGCUUAACUGUCCACAGAUGGAUCUUAUUUAGCCUCUGUCGCUGGGUGCUACCUAGCUUUGGAGAUUUUUUUGCUUUGUCGGUCACACCAGAUCAAUUUUCUGUGCUUUCCUCGUCCCACCACAGUCUGGUUAGCGCUGUCCUUGACAUCCCACCACGGUUGAUCGAGUUCCAAGCGUUUGCACACCAGCUAUUCCCUCAGUUUCUUCACAGUAGCACACCAGCUACCUGCCUCUGCUCCCUGCCUGCACACCAGCUCGCGAGGAAUGGAGGCUAGAACCCCUCACACCAGAGGACACAGAGACUCUGGGGCCCGUCCCUGUCGCUGUGGGAAUAAGAUAUCAAGCAAGGACCCACACCAGGCCUGCGAGUUGCCUAGGGCUGGAACAUGCCGGCUGGCUAUCGACGUCCCCGGCUCGUGUCAAGGAUGGACAAUACGACGACGGUGGCGUAUAUCAACCGUCAGGGGGGAUUGCGCACCCGUCAGUUGCACAUGCUGGCACACAGACUGAUCCUGUGGAGCUGCGGUCGUCUCCUCCCCCUGAGAGCGGCGCACAUGCCAGGAGUCCUGAACACAGGAGCGAACCUGUUGUCCAGGGGCGCCCCAGUAUACAGGGAGUGGAUUCUACACCCGGAUAUUGUGGAACUGAUAUGGGCUUGUUGCAGUCGGGGCGUGGUGAAUCUGGUCGAUUCGAGAGACAACGUACAGUGCACGCUGUUUCACUCUCUGCAUCUGUAUGAUACCUCCCACUCUGUCCAGAGUGAGAGAGCACGGCCACGCACUGAUUUUGAUAGCUCCUCAUUGGCCUGUGAUGCACUGGCUAGUGGAGAUAUAUCAGUUGAUGUGCGCUCAGCCCUGCAGGGACCUGCUAUCGCAGGGGGGGAGGGGCUGUUUUCCACCCGCACUCAGAACGCCUGGCGCUGUGGUCUUGGCCCCUGAGUGGCUAAAUCUGUCAGCUGUGGGUCUUUCACAGCGGGUGAUUUCCACUAUACAAAGUGCCCGAGCCUCCUCCACUAGGUCUCUGUAUGACCGUAAAUGGAGACUGUUUGAGGGGUGGUGUCACAGAAACGGCCACAUUCCCUUUCAGUGUCCAGUAGGAGUGAUAUUGUCAUUCUUCCAGGACCUGAUUGACAAACGGAAAGCAUUCUCCACAGUUAAAGUGUACUUGGCAGCUAUCGCCGCCCGUCAUGUGGGGUUUCGGAAGCAAACAACGAGCCAGCACCCGCUGGUUUGCCGUUUUAUGAAGGGAGCAUGCAGGUUUCUCCCCGUGUCCAGACCACUGGUACCACCAUGGGAUCUGGCUGUGGUUUUGGAUACCACAGCCAGAUCGUACAUGGAGAGGACGAGGGGUGUCAGGAGGAGCGAUCAGCUGUUCGUCUCCUGGGCUAACCCUCAUAAGGGGAAACCUGUCACAAAGCAGCGUCUGUCCCACUGGGUGGUGGAGGCGAUUGCUUUUGCUUAUACGAGUCAGGGUUCGCAGUCACCUGUGGGCCUGCGAGCACACUCGACUCGGGGCUUGGCCGCAUCCUGGGCCUCAUUCAGUUCAGUCAUUCAGUUCAGAGUUUCUGUUCAGGACAUCUGUGCUGCGGCGAGUUGGUCCUCGCCUCUCACUUUUGUCUGUUUCUAUAUGUUAGUGUGUGGCACGAGCGGUUUUGUUGUCCUGACGGGAACAGAGUAUUUUUGCCUGUGGGUUGGUGGACACUUGAUAAGCUUGUCUGGCAAUACGGGAGCAACCAUAUCCCAUAGUGAGACAUCGAGCGAAAUAUUAAUCAGAGAACAUUAGGUUAUUUUCAUAACCCCGGUUCUCUGAUUAAUAUGAGUGAGAUGUCUCACCAGACAACCCUUCUUGCUUGGGCGAGUGAGAGGAGGUGCUUAUCUUGAAUAACGUGUUGCCGUCCGCAUGAACUAUUUAAGGUAGAUGGCACUACCUGGGGCGGACGGACAGGUUCCACCAGCCAGUCAGGAUUGGUAUAAUGAGAUUGAUGCUUCUGAGGUCUGCAGUGAGGCGUGCAUCCGAUAGUGAGACAUCUCACUCAUAUUACUCAGAGAACCGGGGUUAUGCAAAUAACCUAAAGUUCUUCAGCUGUACUCUUAAAGUCCAGUGCCAUCAAAUAGGAAGACUUUGAAGACGCCAAAUGUCUGCUGAUGGACGGAUGGAUCAAACACUGCAGCCCUGCUAUGCUGAGAAACCCCUCAGUACCUUCAGAGUCGGCUGCAGCGGAGGUCACAGUGAUGUGAGAUGGGUUCUCACAGCCUGAGGGCAGAGGACACAUGAUGUCUGCUGUCCCGUAUGGAAAGCCAAAGUGAUCGCUGUGGAUGUUCCUGAUCCCUGUAGAGAUGAGCGUUUGCUCCUGACAACAGAGAAGGCAGCGAUAAUCUACCUGCUCGCUCCUCAGCACCACUGCAAUAACACGAACCUUCUGCAGAGGACAAGGAGGUUAGCAAAUACACUUUAUUAUUGUUUUGUUACACUGUAAUACCUGAAUAAGCAGAAUAAGCUUUGGCAAAAUGUUAGGUUUAGUUAUGCUUACAGUCACUAAUGGUUGAGAUGAUGUUUCCUGUCAUGGCAUAGUAAUAUUUCUCCCUUUCUGUGUGCAUUAGUCUUUGAGUGUGUUUGAAUGGUGUUUAUGUUUCUCCUGUCUUAUCAGUCAGCUUGUCAGUAACUGUGAGGCCUGUUUGAAACUGAGCAGCACACGGAGUAAAACCUGGCCGAGUUCGGUCUCUUCGCUAACCUUUGGUGCCGAGCGGUGCUCCAGAUAAGCUGACAAUAGCAGCGUCUUCGUCCCGUUGACCACCACAAAUUGUCCCAGAGAAACUGCAUGAGUGCAAAAUGUUAAACCAAGAUGUUAAUCUGCGUAUUUUCUCUGCUCUCUGCUGACCACACCCAGAGGUUGCAGUGUGAACCUUUCAGUAGAAAAAGUGCUGUGCUUUUAAGUUCGUUAUGUUGAUGAAAAGCAUGAUUAAAGUGAUUAUUUUUUCUGAUUUCAGAUAAACGUGGGAGCAGACUGUACAGUACCAGUUAUUUUCAUACCAUAUUGAAUUUCUGAUGGAUGCAAAUGG